GGAGCUAAGUAAAAUUUUCAGAAACCUCCGACUUCCUUGAGGUUUCGCCACCGCUGUUCCAUCCCCAACUGCUUCGGUAUUUCUAAUCCAGGACGUGGCAGCGGGUGGAAAAACUCUAAUAACCCUGGCUACUGCCGGUAGCAUUUUGAUUGGCAUAAUUUGUGUUUCUACCGAUGCCAUUUUAAGGCUCUUGCACCAACAAUCCUGUUAUCGUGCCUUCACUUUCUGUUCUAUCUGCUGCAAUAAGGCUUGAUAGAUUGCCCACUUUCAAGAUGCAAGCAUUUGGGUAAGAUUUUCAUUCGCCCUUUCUUGUAUUUUGUUCCUAGCUUCCAAUUCAUUUAGAAUCAUGGAUCAAUCAAAUCAAAGAUUGGAAUUUUUCCCGGAUGAUGUAAUCCUGCAAAUUCUUGCAAGAUUGCCUGUAAAAGCCCUUACUAGGAUCAAGUGCGUGUGCAAAUUGUGGUAUCAAUUAGCCUCUGGUGAUUAUUUUCGGCAUGUUCACAAUGAACUUUCUAUCAGAAACCCUAUGGUACUUGUGGAGGUCACUGAUACCUCGUCAGAAUCAAGAUCAAGUUUGAUUUGUGUCGAUAAUUUAAGAGGCGUUUAUGAGUUUUCCUUGGAUUUUAUCAAGGCUAGAGUCAAGGUUAGAGCAUCUUGUAAUGGUUUGUUGUGUUGCUCUAGUAUACCUGAUAAAGGGGUUUAUUAUGUCUGUAAUCCAAUGACUAGAGAAUAUAAAAUGCUUCCCAGGAGUAGGGAAAGGCCUGUUACUAGAUUUUACCCAGAUGGUGAAGCUACGCUUGUUGGCUUAGCUUGCAAUUUGCUGACACAUAACUAUAAUGUUGUGUUGGCGGGUUAUCAUCGACCUUUUGGACACAGACCCGAAAGGACUUUUAUUUGUUUGGUCUAUGAUUCGGAGUCAAAUAAGUGGAGAAAGUUUGUUUCUUUGCAAGAUGAUCAUUUUACGCAUAUGAAUAGGAAUCAGGUUGUGUUUAUUAAUGGCUCCUUGCACUGGUUGACGGGGAGUUGCACUUGUUUGCUCGUUUUGGAUUUGGAAUGUGACAUGUGGAGGAGAAUUUUAUUGCCAAAUGAGGUGAAUUGCGCUGUUGGGAACCGUGCCUACUUGUUGGAGUCAGAAGGAUGCUUGUCUGUGAUUCAAAUAUCAGAGGCUUGGAUGAAUAUCUGGGUAAUGAAAGACUAUGAGAGGGAAGAAUGGCAUAUGGUUGAUAAAGUCAGUCUCCGAUGUAUCAGAGGGAUGGUUCCAGGCAUUUUUCCAAUAAGUCAGACGGGUGAAUAUGUUUUUUUGGCAACACAUAAGCAGGUUUUGGUCUACCAGCUCAAGAACAAAGUGUGGAAGGAGAUGUACUCUGUGAAGAACAGCUCCACACUGCCAUUAUGUAUGAUCAGUUGGUUGAUGAUUAUUUCCAAUCCCCUACCUGGUUUGGCAACUCCAAUUCUGCUGUUGGGUCUGGUUUCCUGUUGUUCAAGCCUCUCAUCACUUGUAUGACCAGUCAACCGUCGCAACCUAUUGUCACAUUCGAUUCUCAAUAUUGAGCUGCUUUUGGGCCAUCAAGUCAUCAUUUCCUUGUGCAGUGUUCAGCCAACUGACUGACUAGUUAAUAGAAGUUUACAUAUUAAUGUGUCGGUAAAGCUGCUUCAGACGCAUAAAGAAAAUUAAUUGGUCAGCUUAUCAGUUGUUUUGUGCACUUUUCAAGUGUUUGAUGUUGCCGUAUGCUCUGGUGGGCUGAUAGUGAUAAAGAAGUUGUUUCUGGCUUUGUUGGAAAGAGUUCGACAGGAAAAAGAUGCAUGCAGUUUGUUUUUGUAGCUAAGGAUGAGUGUCUCUGCGGUGCCUCUAAAGCAUAAAUAGUGUGCGAAAUUUAACAUCAGGAUGUUGUGGUGAAACUGGUCUUUGUAUUGGACUCAUUGUGAUGUAUAUUCUGGAUCUGGGCUGCUGGUUUACUGUGAAAGCACCAAUGCGUUGCAUUCAGGACACUUGAUAUGAAAUGCCGGCAUCAAGUGCAACAGCUCUUCGUUUAGAAAUUGAUUUGCCGAGGAAAGAAGUGUUGCCUAUCUAUUCCAUGGCUUUGGCUGAGCUGUUCUGGGAUGGAUUGCAUAUCUACGGUUUCAUGCUGAACUACUGUUGUCGUUGCUGUUGUUUUUCCUUUUUAACGACUUCGUGAUUGUUCAGAAGUCAGAGCUAAUCAAGAAUAAAAUGCAACUAAAUGUUUCUGCUGUCAAAAAAGCCACUGCUAAUUUGGUUUCUUUUUUAUUUUGAAAAUGUCCACUCUGUUAAUUCGACUAAUUUGUCUUGGAUCCACCAUCACCAUGUAUCUGCAUACUUCAAUUUUCCCA